ACCGCUCAGAUGUUUUCGUCUCAACACACUGUCUGCUACACAAGAGCAUGGAGCAAAAAGAAGAUGAAGAAAAGAAAAAUGACCUGUUCCGAGAUACCCCUGUUAGAUAUUUAGGUUAUGCUAAUGAGGUUGGAGAAGCUUUUAGAUCAAUGGUGCAUGUUAAUCUGGUACGGUUUACAUAUGUAGUUGCUAGUGGUUAUGUGGUAGCAGACGCAGUUCACAAGGGUCAAGAGGCAUCACAGAAAACCUAUGAAGAUGAGAAGAAGAAACAAAGCAGAGUUAGAACAGCAGUAUUAGAUACUCUUAUUUGGCAGGGACUGGCCUCAGUGGCUAUACCAGGGUUUACUAUAAACAGAGUUUGUACAUUUAGUGGCCUCCUUCUGAAAAAAUCAACAUCAUGGCCUGCUCCUAUAAGACAUUGGACUACAACUUUCAUUGGAUUAACUUGUAUACCUUUCAUUAUUAAACCUAUUGAUAGGUCUGUUGACUAUUUCAUGGAAAAUUCUUUUAGGAAAUGGUUCCAGGUAGGACCCGUUUUAAAAGAGUUAGUCCAUCAUGAACGGAAUGAUUGAUAAACAGUCAGCUUUACUUACUGGUAAUAUUUAAUUCCAAUGAAUAAUUCUUUUUUAUAUCUAUGCAUAAAUUAAUAAUACUCAAUUUUAAUCCAUUUUAUUAAAGCAAACGUUAUAAGGACAAAAAGGAAAUAUUGUAUGUUUCCUGUUAACAAACUGUCUUAAUUAUUUGUCUUAUGUGAUAGAAUGGGAAAAGAAACAGGCUCAGUAAGGACCAUUUUUGGCCCAACCUCAAAACCAAACAUUUUUGUAUUUUUAGUCAGAAAAAACAUGACUUUCUGAUAAAAUAUAAUUUUCUAAACUUUUUUGAAGCAUUUUUCCUAGUUGUGGGGCAAAAAUUAUUAAAAACUUGUAACAAAAUCGAAGGAUAAUGACGGAUUUUUGAGUGCAUAUAUUAAUCAUACAUUAUUUAACAAUAUCUAAGGUCCCUGCUGACUCAAAUAAACAUAAUGGAUGUCAUUUAAGGGCAAAAAACAAUAAAGAAUAGCUUCAAAAAUAUAUUUGGGACAUUUUAUCAUCAUUACAACCCUGCAUGCUUUGAUUUUACACUAUAUCAUGUAUGUAAUUUGUAUGUUUUCCAUGAAUUUGAAACAGCAUUAUAAACCAUGUUUGACUUUUUAUAAGUUUAGAAGAAAUUUUACUGGAUUGCUGACUAUUUUAGUAUGCAAUGGUUAGUGUAUUUUUAUUUUUUGUUAUUAAGAACAUUUUUAUUGUUUUUAAAAAUAAAUUGUUAUUCUUGUUUUA